CCCCGGCGCGCAUGCGCCCUGGCGCGCCCUCUUCCUCCCAGUGCGGUUUGACCUACAGCCGCCCGGGAAGAAGAUGGCCGCCUCAGCAGUGACCGGUCUGUCCCGGCAGGUACGGAGCUUCAGUACUUCUGUGGUCAGGCCCGCUGCCAAGCUGGUGAGGCCCCCUGUUCAGAUAUAUGGUGUCGAAGGUCGCUAUGCCACUGCUCUUUAUUCUGCUGCGUCCAAACAGAAUAAGCUGGAUCAAGUAGAAAAGGAGCUGGUGAGAGUAGGCCAACUCCUGAAGGAACCCAAGUUGGCUGUUGCCAUUCUGGACCCCUUCGUUAAGCGUUCCAUUAAAACAAAAAACCUGAAGGACAUCACAGCAAAAGAAAGGUUCUCCCCCUUGACAACCAACCUGUUGGGUUUACUUGCUGAAAAUGGUCGUUUAAACAGUGCCCAGGGAAUCAUCUCAGCCUUUUCCACGAUAAUGAGUGUCCACCGUGGAGAAGUGCCCUGCAUGGUUACCACCGCGUCCCCUUUAGAGGAUGCUGUUCUUUCCGAGUUAAAAACAGUCCUGAAGAGCUUCCUGAGCCAAGGCCAAAUACUGAAAUUGGAGGUUAAGACUGAUCCUUCAAUCAUGGGUGGAAUGAUUGUCCGAAUAGGGGAGAAGUAUGUUGAUAUGUCUGCAAAAAGCAAGAUUCAGAAACUGAGCAAGUCUAUGCGAGAGUUGAUCUGAAAGAUUUGGCUUUCUGUCUCCAGAGAAUAUCCUAAAACUUGGAGCAACAAUAAAAUGCUUCCUGAACAGA